UGCUUCCUGCUGCUACAUUCUCACCAGUACAGUAUUACGAGCGGCGUAGUCCCUGCUGAAAACCUGCUGGACUGGCCCUUCGAAGCCGAACUCGAGAAAUCCUGCACUUACCUCUUUUUCCUUCGCUACUUGCUAUCGUAUGCUAUUCAAACUAAUGAGUACAUCUUAAACUGUAUAAACGCCGCGCCACUGGCGACGGAGAGAAAAUGAACAAACCUGCUCGCUUAUCCGCUUUCGAAGCCAAAACAUGAAUGUUUCAAGCAUAAAUGCUGCAGAUUUACAUGCUUGCAUAAGGCGAGGUCGGGGCUAGCGAGCCUCUGCGCCCCGCGAGGACGCGCCAUGACACUUGAAAAGGGGAAACACUAUGGGCAGGAGUCUUUGCAGCAGACCCUGCAGGAUAAGGCGCGGACGCGGCUCAACAACCCGACGCCCCACCAGGCGCCGCAGCGCGAGCGCGUCAGUCGGGCACAGGUCCCGGGCCAUCGCAGCUCGCCGUCGCGGCAGCGCCGCGGCAGCAGCAGCGCGCGUGGAGGCGGCGGCGCCGGCGGCGCCGCUGGCGCUGCGGGUGGCGAUGGCGGCGGCGGGUCGGGCCGGUCUUGGAAGUCCCUCAUCCGGCCUGAUGUCAACAUGGGCGUGCCUACCCUCAUGAUGAUCCUGGAGCCCAAUGUGGUUUGGGAGCACACGCAGGCCUUCGUGUCCGCUGUGGGCCGCGAGGUGGAGGCCAGCGUGACGCCCGGCGAGUUCUUCCAGGGCUGGCACCGCGGGGGCCGGCGCGCACACGGCUGCUACGAGGGCAGCUACUGGGAGCUGAUGGGAGACUGCGACGAGCUGGCGGACAUGCUGAAGAAGCUGGCCAAGCUGGCGGACAUGCUGAAGAAGCUGGCCAAGGCUCCAGCGCUGCUCGAGGAGCCGCCGCUGGAGCUGCCGCCGCCUCCUGAGCUGCCGGCCUGGGAGGACUUCAAGCCGGCGCUGCACGUGGUCCCCGCCGCGCCCAGCCUGCCGCCGCUCAAGCUGCCGCCCUUUCGGCCGCCGCUGCUGGAGGCCGACGUGCCCUUCCUGGAGCCCGAGUAUGUGCCGCUGCCCACAGUGCCCUCGCAGCCCAAGGAGGAGCCCACGCCACGCUUCCUGGCGCCCGAGCUCCUAGAGCUGGAGCCGCUGCAGGAGCCGGGCUACAUGGAACCGGCGCCGCCCGUGCUGCCGGAGCCGCCGCGUGCGCCCGCCUUUGGCGCGCCCAAGCACGGCCACGACUGGACCGGCACCCGCCCCUUCCAGACGCCGUUUGCGGACCUGCCGCCGCUCAUGCUGCCGCCGCGCCCGGAACCGGGUGCGGAGCCGCUGCCCGCGGACUUCCCGCAUGAGGAGCUAGAGGAGCUGCCCGCCUUCACGCCGCCCCUGCAGGAGCCGCUGCCCGAGUAUGCGGCCCCGGCGCUGUCGCUGCCGUCCUGGUCGGCACCUCGCGAGCCCGGCCCCGUGGGGUUCCUGCGCGGCACCAGCCCCGUGAUCAUCUGCGACGUGUCCGGCACCAUGCACCCGCGGCAACAGGGACAGUUCCGGCAGAUGAAGAAGUGCGCCAUGGAGCUGCUGGACCCGGAGGGGCCAGUUCUGGAGAAGUGCGCCAUGGAGCUGCUGGACCCGGAGGGCGAGAUCGCCACCGCCGCCUUCGGCUUCGACGUGGUCACCUUCUGCUCCUCCGCCUGGUCGUGGGCGGCAGGGUAUGGCGAGCGCAUGGGGCUACUGCAGAGCAGCCAGGUCCUGUACAGCGGGCGACAGGUGGGCGGCAAGUUCAGCGGCCGCGUCAGCAACCGCGACCCCAGCCCCUUCCGCAACCUCGACCGCGGCAGCACCGGCGGCACCGGCUCCCCACGCGCCGGCUCCCCCGCCCGCACCGGCGGCGGCGCCCGCUCCCGGCCCGAAUCGCCGGAGCGCGGCAGCGGCUCGCCUAGCCGCCUGGUUGACGGCUCGGGCGGCAGCCUCACCACACAAGGAGGGGGCGCAGGAGGGGGAGGGGGAGGAGGGGGCGGGGGCGGGGGCGUGGCACGCAGCAGUCUGCGGCCGGCGCAGCCCGAGCUGCUGUCAGACGCGCAGCGGUGGGUGGCCAACUGGCCUGACGCUGUGGGGCAGACGCGGCUGAUGACGGGCUUCAGCCUGGCAGACAGCCACGUGGGCGCGGACUGCUGGUACGUGCUGUCGGACGGGCUGGCUCACGACCAACAGGCCUGUGUGGAGUUUCUGAUGCGCAAGGCGGCGGAGGGGCAGCCGCUGCCCGUCAUACACGCAGUCGGCUUCCUCCCCGCCGACGCGGCCGCGGACUGCGCCGGCGAGCGCUUCCUCCGCGGCCUGGCGGACAUGACGGGAGGCAGCUACCAGCGAUACACGCCCGAGGUCACCAAGGUGUGGCAGCCCAGCAAGGGCUUUGUGGUUCUGGACACGCGGCGUGAGGGCGUGGAGGCGCGCGGGGAGCGGCACUGGGCGGAGCAGCAACUGCGGGCUGAGCGGCGGAAGAACCUGAGGCUGGGCAUUGUGGAGCCAAUCGAGGCCACCAUGGAGCGGGUGGCCGCACUGCACCACGCCAUGCGUGUGCCCGUGGCCGCCGCCAACGCGGCGGCGGCGGCGGAGGCGGAGGCGGCGCACGAGGCGGCGGUGGCGGCGGCGCGCAGCCGCAACCAGGCGCGGGUGGACUGGGCGCGGCAGCUGUUCCUGGAAGCGCAUGCAGACUGGGAGCGGACGUACCUGGACCGGCUGCAGGAGUGGGAGGACGGCAAGGUGGUGCUGGAGCAGCAGCGGGAGGAGCAGCUGGCGGCAGCCCGCGCCGCCGCCGGCCCCGGCGCCGCCAUCAGCUACGGCCUAGGCGGCGGAACCACCCUCGCCACCUACACCUCCUCCUCCGGAGCAGGGGCGUACGGCGGCGGCGGCGCCGCCGCCGCCGCCGGAUCGCGGCCCACAAGCGCGACGGCGUUCGGCGCCAACUCGCGCCCUCGCUCGGCGGCGGCUCAGGCGCACCUGUCGCCGCGGCUGGCACCCAGUGAGGCGCGGGCGGCGGCGGCGGCGCUGGAGUAUGACCUGACCAUGGGGCUGGACCGGCACGCGGAGAAGCUGUCGCCCGCACCCACACCGCCCGGCUCGCGCCCCGGCUCAGCCGCAGUGGGGGCAGGAGCAGCGGGAGGAGGGGGCAGCGCCGGCACGUCGCCCAUUCGCGGCAGCACGGGGCCGGGGCCGGGGGCGGCGGCGGGCGGGCGGCCUCGCAGCGCCAAGCCACCCACUGCGUCGGGCGGCGCGGGGGCGGAUGAGUACCUGGAGAGCAUUGCGGAGGACCUGGCGGAGGCCUCCGGCCCCCUCGACGCCCUGUUCUCUGGCCUCACCCCCCGCGGCGCCCAGUCCACCUCACGACUGGCCAUCGCCUCGGGCGUCGCCGCCUCCGCCGCCCCCCGCUCCGCCCAGCAGCCCUAUCCCGGCCCCGACAAUCAUACCCAUAACCAUGACAAUGACGAUGCCGAUACAGACACCAUUGAUGAUGACGGCGGUCCGGAUGUGCGGCCCGCCUCCGGCUCCGGCCGCGGCGGCGGCGCCGCCGGCAGCCGCGGCGGCAGCGGCGGCCGUGGCGGCCGCGACCAAGACCAGGACCGACACCGGCCGUCGCCGUCGCAGCAGCGGCCGCUGAGCGGGCGCGCCAGCGGCGGGAUCGGCGCGGAGCGCCCUCCUAGCGGCCGCACGAGCGGAGGUGGUGGAGGCGGUGGUGGAGGCGGUGGUGGGGAUAGGCCCGUGAGUGGGCACCGGUCGUCCUCUGGGGCGCUGGGCGGUUUCGGCGGCAGCGGCGGCGGCGGCGGCGGUUUCGGCGGCGGCGGCGGCAGCAUGCGGCCGACGUCGGCGGCUCGGCUGGCGGCGCUGCUGCCGGAGGGGAGUGUGCUGCCGCCGCCGCUGCCGGAGCCGUCGGCGCCGCUGGGCCCCUUGCCGCACGAGGGCAGCGACGAGUUCAAGGCCGGCGCCGAGGGUCGCUACCAGGCGGAGCUGGCGCGUGUGUUGGCGGAGAACGAGCGACUGAGGGCGGCACACACAGCAGAGGUGGAGGAGCGCAGGGGCAAGGAGGCGGCGCACGAGCAGGCGCUGUGUGUGCGGCUGGGUGAGGAGUAUGAGGAGGCGCGCGCGGCGGCGGAGGCUGACCACACCGAGCUGUGCGCCUUCCUGCGCGCCGCCAACGAGCAGCUCACGGAGGAGGCGAGGCGGAGGUACACGCAGGCCAUCACCGACGUGCAGGCGGCCCACGAGGAGGAGUGCGCCUGCCUGCGUGAGCAGCACGCGCGCGACCUGGAGCGCGUGUCCAAGUACAACGCCGACAUCUGGCCGCGGGUGCACGUGGCACGACUGGCGCUGGCCGAGCUGGGCCGAGUGCAGGCGUUUGCCGAGCACAUCAAGUUCUGCGCCAACAAGUUUGAGAUGGGCAUCAACCUAAUGCCCAACACACCCAACUGGGACCGAGUGGUGGAGAUGCAGGCUCUGACCGAGGCUCUUGACCGAGCCUUCCCCGACCUCCCUCGCGAUCAGCUGCCAUGGCCCGAGCACGAGCAGCGCCUGACGCCCGGCACCGGCUGGGUGGCGCCGCCGGCGCCGCGUCCGCUCACCUACCGCGACCCUGCGGAGCUCAUUGCCAAGAUCGCGGCGGGCAAGGCCACGCCGGGCGGCUCAGCCGUCCCCUCCCCCCGCACCACCUCCCCCCGCGCCGCCGCCGCCGCCGCUGGCAGCCGCGGCUCCCCCGCCGCCGCCGGUGCCGCAGGCGACGCCGCUGGCGCCUCCAUGGCGGCCUUCGCCGCUGCUGACGAGCAGCUGGCUUUCCUGCAGCAAACCUACGGCGGCCCCCGCACCCUCACUCGGCCCCUGUCCGCCGGCCGAGGCCGCUUCGCCGGCGUUCUGGCGGCUUCUGUGGAUACAGGCGCCUUCACAGGGGCAGGGGGAGCAGCAGGCGGCGGCUCGCAGCGGCCCUUCUCGGCGCUGCCGGGCGGCGGCAUGGCGGGCGGCAGGAUGGUGGCGGAGGCAUGGGGCGGCGCCUCGCCUUCCGCCAUCUCCUCCCCCGGGAGGCCGCUGUCAGCCACGCCCGGCGGCGGCGCGGGAGGCGGCGCGGGAGGAGCGGCGGCGGGAGGCGGCGGCGGCAGCGGCGGCGCGGGGGCGGGCGGGUACCAGAACCCCUCCGCCUGGCGGCGGAGCAACACCACCGCAGGGAUCCUCAACUCCCCGCGCGCGCCCGUUGGCUCCGCCGCGGCGGCGGCGGCGGCGCUGGCGGCGGCGGCAGCCGCCACCGCGGCCGGCGGCGGCGGCGGCGGACGCAUGCGCCCGUCCACCGCGCGCCCCUACUCCCCCUACCAGUCCGGCUCCCCCACCUUCCGCGCCUCGCAGCAGCAGCAGCAGGACGGCAGCCCUGGCGGCGGCGGUGGCGGCGGCGGCGGGCUGGCGGCGUCGCGGCCGCGCAGCGCGGGUCCUCAGCCGCGGCCGGCACGUGUGGCGGUGGAUGUGGGGCCGCUGGCGGCUAGCGUGGCGAGGUCCCGGGCGCAGGCGGGGGUGCACACUGCGCCGGGGCCGGGCACGGCGCUGGCGGGUUUUGCACGGGACGUGCCAAAGCUGCGGUACCCGGAGGUGGACGUGCAGCAGCCCCUGAGCGUGGCGCGGUAGAUGGCUCGGGCUGGUGUGAGGAAUUGUGGGGAUGGGAACAGGGGUGGAGGUGGUUGUGUACUGUGGCUGUGCCAGCAUGGUUUGUGUGGCUGUGAGUGUGGCGGGGUGCGUUGUGGAAUGUGCGUGUGGCAUUUCGUGCACAGGCCGCGACAAGGUGGGGAUCUGAGACCGACCUGAAUGGCGUGCGUUUUUAUGCGAUGCAGUGUUUAGCUCGGAAGGUUUUGACAUGCGCUACUCACAUGCGGCGGGCGCAGUUGAAUGCAUGUGUGCAUGCCAGGACAGCUACAUGGUAUGGAGUCGCAGACGGGAGGCACUGUACAUGCAAAUAGGCAGAUGCGGCAAAUCGCAACUGACCGGUGUGGCAUGUUGACGCCGCCCGCCCGCCGCAGCUCGGCCCGGUGCAGGAAGCCGAUGUCCAACAGGUUGUCCACCGCGGCCUGGGGGCGGAGCAGACUGUAGAUUCAUACAAUGCACCCCCUGCGGACCUACCGUAUCAGCAUCCAGUGUGGUGCGUGGAAAGGGCCUGUGGCGGAGCCGGCGGGAGUCACGUGCCCUUACGCUCGUGCGCUGGACAAGUGAGCACCUUGGUCCCAGCUCUGCUGCUCUGCCCCUGUGGCGUGCAGCACAGCUGUAGAUGCGACAGUCACGCACAUAGCCGUGCACUGAGCAGGAACGUGAAAUCCGCGAAUGGCAGCAUGUGUGUACGCUGGCGCGUGUCGGUCUGGCCGGCUCAUAGGGCUGUCCUCUGCAGAGGCACAGGCUAGCCACGUGCCAAGGAGGUUAGAAGGCUGCGGCGCGCCUCACAGGUUCACGGCUGUAGGCCCAGAAGCGGCCCUGCAUCGCGCACAGGCACUCUCAUGCCGCCUGCAAGCCCACACCGCCUUCCGCUCUGGUCUACGUACGCAUUAGUUCCGCAACGCACGUCGAUAACAGGCACAUUACUAACGGCUAG